AUGUUUUGUAGUAGAACAGGGUAUAAAAUCUCAGCUCCCACCACCUUCUUGUUGCUUACGGAGGCUCACAGACUGCACAUACAAUGACCUCUUCCUUUGUACUUCUCAUUUGUUUGGCUGGAGUGGUGUAUUCCGCUGGAGCUGCACCACUGGUUUCCCAUGGUUCCAUUGACUCUAAGUGCCCUCUUAUGGUGAAAGUCCUGGAUGCAGUUAGAGGAAGCCCAGCCACCAGUAUAACAGUAAGAGUGUUCAAGAAAACAGAAGAUGGCAGCUGGAAAGAUUUUGCUAAUGGAAAAACCAAUGAAUUUGGGGAAAUUCAUGAACUUACAACAGAUGAACAAUUUGUAGAAGGUUUGUACAAGGUGCAGUUCGAUACAAGCUCUUACUGGAAGGCACUUGGUAUUUCUCCAUUCCAUGAAUUUGCUGAUGUGGUUUUUAUUGCUAACGAUUCUGGUCACCGUCAUUACACCAUUGCUGCACUUCUCAGCCCCUUUUCCUAUUCAACCACAGCGGUUGUCAGUGAUCCAAAGGAAUGAGAACCCCACAGUAUUCUUACAAAGUUUCUCUAUUGUUCCUUUUUUGUAGGAUUAUUUUAAAGGAAUACUUGUAACUUCUAUAAUCAAUGUCUUGUUUGAUAAAGUAGCAUCUCUCUGACAUCUUGGCUAAAACUUUUUUUGAAAUGUAUCAAUAAAUAUUAUUUCUUGAAACUGUU